AUGACCAAGAAGGCGGUCAAGUCCCGCGGCGGCGUGCUGGUCGGCCUCGCCGCAAGCGGCAUCGUGGCCACCGCUGCGGACCUGAUGCAGGACUUAGAGACCGGGUACAUGACGCUUGCCUCGCCGCGGUCCAUGUUCAUCAGCCAGGUGAUCGGGACCGCCAUGGGCUGCGUCAUCGGCCCUUGCGUCUUCUGGUUCUUCUACCCCGCGUUCCACGGCGUCGGCACGGAGGGCAGCGCGUACCCGGCGCCCUACGCACUCAUCUACCGCAACGUGGCCAUCCUCGGCGUCGACGGCUUCUCCAAGCUCCCGAGGAACUGCCUCGCGUUCUGCUGCGUCUUCUUCGUCGGCGCUAUCGCCGUCAACGUAUCGAAGGACCUGGCGCCGAGGAAGGUGGCGAGGUUCAUACCGCUGCCCAUGGCGAUGGCCAUCCCGUUCUACAUAAAGGUUAUCUUCGCUUAUUUAUUCUCUGCUCUGAGUAUAGUUAACCGUAUGACCAUUUUUCUGGAUUCUGCAUAUGAGCAGCCACUGGGUAAUCAUGCCCCUUGA